GCCCCGCGCGCGCGCCCGCCCGCCCGCCCUGCGCGCUGGGGACUCCCUUGCGCCAGCGCCCUGCAGCCGCGCGCGCCUCCUGGCGGCGCGGCCCAGGCGGCGCGGCCCGGGUGGGCCCCCGCAGCGGGUCGCCCUGCCCCCGGUGCCCCGACACCGCCCCGCGCGGCGGCCCCUGCCCCGGUGCCCUCGGCCCGGCCCCCCGGGCGGCCAAUGGGAGCGCGGCCGCCGCGGGCGCUGACCGGGGCCGCCGCGGGGCCGAGCGGGAGCAGGCCCGAAGCAUGGGGAGGUGGCAGGACAUGUCCAGGGAGGAGCUGGAGGAGCAGUACUCCCCCAGCCGCUGGUCCCCCCGCCUCGGCCCGGACGCCGUGGUCGAGGCCCACGUGGAGGCGGUGACGGCAGGAACCCAGAGGGCCCGGGCCUCCACGCAGACCCUGCUGCACGUCCCCUAUGGGGAUGGCAAUGGGGAGAAGCUUGACAUUUAUCUGCCCGCGGACCGUUCUGGAGCUUUCCCAGUCCUUGUCUACAUCCAUGGGGGAUACUGGCAGCACUUAAGUAAGGAUGCAUCGGGUUUUGCAGCCCCUGCGCUGGUGUCACAGGGCGUCGCAGUAGUGGCUGUGGGUUACAACAUAGCUCCCAAAGGCCACAUGGAUGAAAUGGUGGCCCAGGUGCGGCGCAGCCUCGCCUUCCUGGUGCAGCAGUACUCCCGGAUCAGGAUGUCCCCAGGCAGGAUGUGCUGCGCUGUCCCUUCCUACACUCGCUCAUGGCUCCUUCUCCCUAGCGGUGUUUACCUGUGUGGACAUUCAGCGGGGGCUCACCUCGCAGCCAUGGUGUUGUCAACAGACUGGGCAGAGUACGGAGUGACACCUGACAUCAGAGGAGCUGUGCUGGUGAGUGGGGUGUAUGACCUGGAGCCCGUUCUGCACACCUACGUGAACGACGCGCUGAACAUGAGCCGGUCUGAGAGGCGUGCUGGCUGUCACUGCGGUGUCUCCUUCCCCAGGGAAGUCGCCCAGAGGAACAGCCCCAUGCUCUGCGUCACCGGAGCAGUGCCCGCAGCUGGGGCCUGCGAAGUGCUUGUGGCCGUGGCCCAGCACGACUCCCCGGAGUUCCGCCGGCAGUCCCGGGAAUACUUCCAGGCCUCUGUGAGCUGUACAAGAUAAGCAGGCUCUGGCUUUGAGAGCUCUGGGCUGGCAACACAGCAGCAAAGGGCAGAGAGCUGGGCUGGCUACAGAGCAGCGACUCUCCUGCCUGUGGUGCGCAGCUGCCUUCUCUGGAUGAGCAAGUACAGGCUCCCACUUUGGGAAGGAGUCCUGCUUGCUGCCGGGCCCAGCUCUGGUGAGGCUAAACUGGGAUGAAGAGCUCGUAUGUCAUAACAGAGUAGUAUUUCUCCUGCUGUGGUGAUGGCUCUUGUCUCAAGAUGACUGUGGGCGUCUCUCUGCUCGGGGAGGAUGCUAGUCCCUGCUGAGCAGCUGCUCUUGCUGCACGCUGCCUGGGGCCUGGCGUACAGGAGGGGAGGGAACCUGAUCAGUGUCCCCUCCUGCCAGCGCUGGUCUCUUUGCAGGCCCUGCGUUUGGCUGGCUGGACCGUCUCGCUGUUGGACCUUGCUGGUGUGGAUCACUUUGACAU